AUGGAGGUCAUUCCCAUGGUUUCGUCCUACAUACCUACUGCAGUUUUUUAUCUUCUACUAUCACUUUGCAUUGCUUUGUGCACUGUUUACUAUUAUAUCGAGACGUCUAGAAUUGUCCGAAUGGGGCAGAAAAUACCAGGUCCACCCACUGUUCCGAUAUUGGGUAACAUAUUGUUAGUAAUUGCCAUUCAACCGAAAGAUGUUCUCACUUUUCUUCUUAAAUACACGAAAUACGGAAAUGUCGUCAGGGCUUUUCUCGGUCCAAAGCUUUAUAUCUUUUUAGCAGACCCUCGCGAUAUCGAGAUUAUCCUGAGCAGUCCCAUUCACAUCGAAAAGUCCGUCGACUACAAAUUUUUCAAGCCUUGGCUAGGGGAAGGACUGCUUAUCAGUUCAGGAGAUAAGUGGAGGUCCCACAGGAAAAUCAUAGCACCGACUUUUCACCUGAACAUCCUGAAAACAUUCGUGCCCCUCUUCUACGAGAACAGCCGAGAUUUAGUUUUAAGGCUGAAGGAAGAAGUGGGGAAAGAAUUCGACUGUCAUGAAUAUUUGUCAAGAGUGACUGUUGACAUUCUGCUGGAAACGGCGAUGGGCAUCAAAGGGACGAAAAAGGACAAAACUGGGCUCGAUUACGCCAUGGCAGUUAUGGAUAUGUGCGAUAUUAUCCACCGAAGACAAUACAACGUAAUUCUGAGGACUUCGGCGCUCUUCAAGUGUACCAGUCUAUCGAAGAAACAAGAUAAACUACUUGGCAUUAUUCAUGGACUAACAAGUUCAGUGAUAGGCAAAAGAAAAGCCGAAUUUCUCGAGAGGCAAGAAAAACUUGAUGAAGGCAAAUCAAUAAUGGCGAAGAACGAAGGAUCGAAUCAGGAAAAUCUGGACAAGAGUGCGAAGGAACCCAAAAUCAGGUCUCCUUAUAUUCGAGAUGACUUGGACGAAAUCGAUGAAAAUGACGUGGGCGAAAAGAAACGGCUCGCGUUUUUGGAUCUAUUGUUGGAACUGUCAAGAAACGAAUCUGCGCUCACUGAUAAGGAAAUUAAAGAAGAAGUCGACACCAUCAUGUUCGAGGGUCACGACACCACGGCAGCUGGAUCCAGUUUCGUACUUUGCGUUUUGGGUAUUCAUCAAGAUAUACAAGACAGAGUGAUGGAGGAGUUGGACGAGAUUUUUAAGGGCAGUGAUCGCCAAUGUACUUUUCAAGACACUUUAGAGAUGAAAUACCUUGAAAGGGUCAUCUUGGAGACCUUAAGGUUAUUUCCACCGGUGCCCGCCAUUGCAAGAAAGUUAAACGAAGACGUCAAGCUAGUAAGCGCCAGCUAUGUCUUGCCCGCGGGAUGUACAGUGAUCAUACCCCAGUAUCAAAUACAUCGAUUACCCGAAUAUUAUUCCAACCCUACGGUGUUCGACCCUGACAACUUCCUGCCGGAAAAGAUGCAACAAAGGCAUUAUUAUGCAUACAUACCAUUCAGCGCAGGACCCAGGUCAUGCGUAGGGAGAAAAUACGCAAUGUUGAAAUUGAAAGUCCUGUUGUCAACGGUGCUGAGAAAUUACAGGAUCAAAUCAAACGUCACUGAGGAAGAGUUCCAGCUGAAAGUGGACAUCAUUCUAAAAAGGACUGAUGGAUUUAGAAUAAUGAUCGAGCCUCGAAACAGAAGCAAGGAAGAAACGAUUUACGUAAAUUGA